CGUGAUUCACACCGCGACCGCAGUGAACUGUACGCUCAGCCCAGCCAACAGUCAUGUCUUUCAUGUUUGCGAGCGUUACUUGUUCGUCUGGCAUGCUUUGAUCAGGUGACUCACUUGCGAGGCAGCACUUACCGACUGCGCACAUCCUUUACGCCCUCCAUCUGACUUAUUUACCUUCGUUCAUUCUCUCCGCGCGGAACCUCUGCGAUUCAUGCACCGCGAUCCUUACAAUCCUCGAUGAUAGUCACUAUUGAUGACUACCGUGGCACGGCUAACCCAAAGGAUGGACCCUGCCACAAUGAGAAGGUCAAAGAUGAUGGGUCUAUGUUCAUGGUGGCCAACGCUGGGGACCUCAAGUUGAAGCUGCAAGCAUUGAACAACUUGCUCGUGCGCACCCCUCUCAACCAACACAGUGAACUCCAUUUCGAUGCAAUCUUCGAAAGCGUCUCGUCUCGCACGUACGUCGAUGGCUCAGAAGAAGUAUACUUCACAGUCAAAAACCUCUCGUGGCCGAGCAAGAUCCCCGAGGCCUUCAUCAACGCCUAUCUUGAGGUGUUGCAGGGACGCCCGUUUACGAACAGCUAUAUCUUUAAGACUGAAAGGUGGUGGACGCCAGGCCAAUUGACUUCGGUAUCUGCCAAAUCUGCUGCGACAUUCUCGACCAUACGGCUGGUGCUUCCAGACCUCGACAUGCUCUGUAACACCAAACUCAACGACUUCUUCCAGCAAGCAGAAUCUCAAGUGAAGCCUUUUGCUCUCAUGCAGCUACCGACCGAGCUACGACUUGAGAUAUUUGAUUACCUCUUUCCAGCCCAGACUCCCUUGCGCAUAUUUUCGAAAAUCCAAGACGAUCCAGAGAAUAGACCGCCGGUACGGCUGGAUAUCAUGCGCGUCAGUAAAGCCUUGCACAAAGAGACUGUCGACCACUUUCUCAACAAUUCGUCUCUCUUUAUCGAGGCCUACCCAGAUCUGAGACGGGGCAUCUGGGUUCAGGCCUAUUUCACAGAGGCCACUGUAAUCGAAUAUGUCGCACGCGUUAUGAGAAUGAGUUACGAAGCCAGAUCGAAAAUAACACGGCUAGAAAUCCGUAUCAUCCCAGAGGACGCGGCGUCGCCCAUCAACUCGUACCAUCCUGCUCGGCUCGAUACUUCUUCACUGCGACGUAUUUGCACUGAACUUCCGAGCCUCAAGUCUGUCCUCAUCUCGUUCGAGAGGAUGCCCGAGAGAAUGUGUCUGCUUGGUGGGCGGGCUAGAUGGCCCAAUGAGGCAUCGUUCUACAACGGUCAGAUGUUGACGCUGGCAUGGAUCCACGCACAACUACCUGGCGAAGGACCGCGCAUCGUUUGGGAUCUGACGCACUUUAGGCAUUCGGUCGACGAACCAGCGCUCUUGAGGAAAGAGAUAUUUUCUCAGCCGAUGAUGAGGAAGUUGCUCGAGAGGGAUGGUGCAUUGGAAUUGGAGCAGAGCGCGAAUGCGACCCGAGACGAUCUGCGGCGGUGGUCAGCGAUCAAAAAUGCUGUUGUCGAGGCGGUCGCACGUCUUUAGCUCAUGCCAGGCGGUCCACAUUCAGCUGUGUAUGUGAGGCUUGAAUGCAGCGAACCGUGUUAAUAGUCCUGCCGUAUGUCGCAAACCCGGCCACGAGCAAACGCGAUCAGCGACCAUAUAAUGCCUUGCUGAGUCACAGGAUUAGCUCGUGCUCUUCAUGGAUAAGAGUUCUGGCGGGGGCGUAGUACAAAAGUGUGG